AUGCCCGCACCAGCUCCCGUCAACAAGGACAGCGAGACGUCGGCGCACAUCGACAUCCAAGAUGAUCGCGAGGCGCCUCGCGAGGACGGGGAGGCCAGCCCGGGCAUGAGGAACAGCAAGGGCUGGGAUGGGAAGCUUCGCGUCCCCAAGUCGGCGCUCAUGACGAACCCGGAGGCUCUGUCGGACCCGGAAUACUCGGACGACAGCAACGUCCUGCAAGGUGAAGAGAUCAGCGCCGACGAAGACCUCCUCGAGAGCGAGGCCUCGGAUACAGAGGAAAUCAUGUGCUCUCACUCCCGCAUCGGCGCCAUGUCCGCGCUACGCCUCGAACGGUUCAAGAACGUCGCCCGAAUCUGCUUGCGGCAAAACAGCAUACAAGAGAUCGAAGGUCUUGACGCCCUCGCCCCGACCCUUAAGGAGCUCGACCUCUACGACAACCUCAUCUCGCACAUGCGGGGCAUGGAUGCGCUGUCCAACCUCACCAGUCUGGACCUCAGCUUCAACAAGAUCAAGCACAUCAAGAACAUCAGCCACAUGACGAAGCUCAAAGAACUGUUCCUCGUCGCCAACAAGAUAAGCCGCAUCGAGGGCCUCGAUGGCCUAGAACACCUCACCUCACUGGAGUUGGGCUCAAAUCGCAUCCGAGAGCUCAACAACCUGGACAGCCUCAAGGCACUGGAAGAGCUGUGGGUGGCCAAGAACAAAAUUACAGAGCUGACGGGGCUCGGAGGGCUACCGAAUCUUCGGCUGCUCAGCAUUCAGUCCAACCGCAUACGGGAUCUGUCCCCGCUCAAGGAUGUCCCCGGAUUAGAGGAACUGUACAUUGCUCACAACGCGUUGGACUCACUACAAGGCCUCGAAUCAAACGUCAACCUCAAAGUCCUAGACAUCUCGAACAACCAAGUCGCCAGCCUCAAGGGCCUGGAGGGACUGACCAAGCUGGAGGAGGUGUGGGCAAGCUACAAUCAGGUGAUCGACUUCAACGAGGUCGAAAAGGUGCUUAGGGACAAAGAGCACCUGAACACGGUGUACUUUGAAGGAAAUCCCCUUCAGUUGCGGGGGCCAGCGCUGUACAGGAACAAGGUUCGCCUGGCUCUACCUCAAGUGAGCCAGAUCGAUGCCACUUUCGUCAAAGUAUAG